CGGGUUUCAAUUUGAACACACCCGCCUUAAGGAGCCGGAAGUGUGGCGGCGACCGCGGGGGGUCGAGAUCAAAGGAGCUGUGAACGAUGGUGUCGGUGUCGCAAGUUGCUGUGGGGGUGUUGGGUGUUGUCAUUGCAGUGUUCUUCCUCUACCCUCCCCCUCCCUUGUCUCAAAGGCUGUUGUCAUGGAAACAGAGAGGCAAACGAUACCUAUAUAAUGACCUGGAGGUAUUUUAUAUUGAUGAGGCAGGCAGUGGGAAAGGAACCGUUUUCUGUCUACAUGGUUUCCCAACUUCUAGCUAUGACUGGAUCAAGAUUAUGCCGUCCCUGAAGGAUCAGUUUGCUCGUGUUGUCCUUGUGGAUUUUCUAGGCAUGGGCUUCAGUGAGAAACCGGAAGACUACAAUUAUUCCAUAUUUGACCAAGCAGACAUGGUAGAAAAACUGGCAGAAUCCCUGGCCAUAUCCUCCACACACAUCCUGGCGCAUGACAUGGGAGACACAGUAGCACUGGAGCUUGUUGCAAGAUACAAGGAGAGACAAGAGAGAUCAGAGAAGACAGGGCUGGUCCUGACAUCCCUGUGUUUGAGCAAUGGAGGUGAGGAGAGACUCUUCCAAGGGAAAUACUAUCCAAGAGUACUCCAAAAGAUUUUGCUGAUUCCGGUUAUAGGUGAUAUUGCAUCAAGGUUGUCCUUUUUCCACCUCUUCAGAAGAGGAUUUGGAGAUAUAUUUGGUACCAAGCCGACGUAUGAAGAGUUUGAGGAUUUCUACGCUGCUAUCAGAUACCGAGAUGGUAAUACUGUUAUGCCAGGGAUCCUUCAAUAUAUCAAGGAGCGAUCUGACAAUGAAGACAGAUGGGUGUAUGGCAGUCUAAAAGCAGCACCCAUUCCAGUGCUGAUGGUGUAUGGGCCUGCUGACCCAAUCAAUCCCUCCCCGGUAUUUCCAGAUCAUUUCAGGAAAAUUGCACCUCAACACAAGCUGGUUGUUCUAGACAAAAGCAUCGGCCAUUACCCACAGUGGGAGGACCCAGACAAUACAGGAAGGAGUUAUACAGAGUUUAUUAAGGGGCUGAAGCCCAACAAGCCCAAACAUUGAGGGGUUAUAUCAUAAUUCAUUUGAUGGGAAAUAAAAAAGAUCCCCACUUAUAGCAUAAUAGAUGUCAAUGUUAUUGAAAUUGGAUCUUUUAAAAUCACUCCGAUUCAAUACCUCUGUCUGUCAAUAUCAGGCAAUAUUUUGAAAUUAAAAUUAACUGACAUUCUUCUCCAUUGUGAUGACAUGAUGUAAAAGAUAUUUCAUAUCUCAAAAUUACGAAAAUAUAUUUGUCCCUUGCAUUUAUGUAGUAUUUUUGUAUGAAAUAUGUGUAUGAAGAAAGGGAUUAUUCCUUUAGGCCUGAGUGUACACACACUGUAGAAAUAUUCCUUAAAAUGAAAUCUGUUCAACGACCAUGUGUACGAGUGAAACACCUGACUCCAACGAAUGAACAUUUUCGUACUUUUGUUGUCAAAAUCAUGGCCUCAUCAGAGCUGGGAUUUUACCUCUAUAUGGAUAAAUUGAAAGUGAUUCUGUGGCAUCUGAUUGGCUGGACUAGAUAUAUACAUAAGGCCAUUCCCGCUAACGGACUACUUGUUCCCGAUUUGUUGAUAAUUUACUCUAAAGAAAAAUGAAUACCAUACCUGUUGGUUUAUAUAUGAAAAAUUACUCAUGUUCAAGAGAUAUUAGAUUGGUUUGAUGCACAAACGAAAAUACUGGUAUGUUGUGUGAACUGACGCUCAUGAACACAUCACAUGUGACGUCAUAGAUCCGUGACUCGAGAUGCACCAUUUGUCUGGUGCAGGAUUAGCGUGUAAAGUUUGGAAAUCGCGUGCAGCAUAUUGUGCUAAGAAUAAAGACACUCUUUGGUAACACUUGCAUGAUUGUUAAUUUUGUCAUUAAGUGGUACACAUUGGACACAUCUCUUCUUAACAUACAUACUUCUCCAUGUGUUUCUAUGGUUUGGUUUAUCUUUUGGUGGUGAGUAUAGGAUGGGCGGGGCUUGUGUUUCAUUAUUGCAUGGAAUAAUGUAACUAAGUUCGUACUGUUGUUUACAUUUUUAUGCAUGUCAAUGAUUAAUAAGCAGUCUGUGAAGUUAUUAUUGUUGACAUAUUUUGUUUUAGAGAAUUGACUUCAAAGUUUUUGUGUUUAUGGAGAAAAGCGGUUUUGCACAUUAUGUAUAUCCCUGCAUAAACGCAAACAAUAUCCGUACAUUUAUUGUGUCUUCCAGACCAGAAAUAUCAGAUAAAUUCUGAUGUGUCAAGUUAUUUACUUUGUCAUUCCAACUAUACUCUUUUGCGUCGGAUGGGACUUGCAGUUGAUAUUAUUUGCGUCCAUUAUCAUUUCGUUGCAUGUAGCACACAAUAUUUUGUAUCUGAGGCCACCCUGUCUCAGCAUCCAUCAAAGUCCUCCAUCCUUGAUUAUCCAUGAUGUUAUGUCUUCAUUCUAAUAGUAGGGGCGGUCGGGUAGCCUAGUGGUUAAAGCGUUCGCUCGUCACGCCGAAGACCCGGGUUCGAUUCCCGACAUGGGUACAAUGUGUGAAGCUCAUUUCUGGUGUCCCCCGCCGUGAUAUUGCUGGAAUAUUGCUAAAAGCGGCGUAAAACCAUACUCACUCACUCACUCAUUCUAAUAGUUAUAACUACCCCGAACCAAAUCAACUCAACAGCUUUAGUUUCAGCCUGAUAAACAUGGCAUAAAAACUAAUGUCCACUCAAAUUCGAAAUUUUAGUGUACAUUGUAUAUUUAAAUAUUUAUCCUUUCUCACACAAUGCAAAUCUUCUUUCUUCUUCGAUCCUAUGUAGAAACAUGCUUGAACCAUGUUUCCAGCUUCUAAGAUAAAAACAUUCACACCCCAGCAUCUCUAUGGUCACAACCAACAAAUGGGUCAAUCACAUGCUCUCGAGCUUGGUGACCUUCCACACUUUGACCACUUGCCUCUCUCUGCCAACUCGUUCUCUUUCUCAUCGCCACCAUGUGGGGAAGUGUUUCUUGGACCAAGAGAAUAUAUUUACUUAUUAGACUUGAUUUGAUUUCUGCCCGUUUAACAUGGCAUGGUGCUAAAAAUAGACGUCCAAUCAAAUUACUCUCAUGGGCGAGAUGCAAUGGGUCCAGGGUAUAAAAAUAAUAGAACGGGGCUACACUAACUCUUGGAGUACUUGCAAUGAACCACUGGGUAAAAUACUACCCAAAAGAAGUUAAGAAAUACCAAUCCUUUCAUAUUGCUCUUUUAUCUGUCAAGCCAUAUUUGUGUUAACUACGGUAUCGUCAAAGUGAAAAAUGUGGGUGUUCCUGCAUUUUUUUAGUAGCAUAUUUGUUAUGGAUGCAAUGGUUUAAUCAAUGGGAGAUGAACUGACUAAAUCAUUUAUAAGGGACAACAAUGUGUUGUUCAUGCAGUUGAACUUUGUUAUCUCAGGUUAUGAGAUUUGUAAAAUUGUUUUUGAUGAACUCAUCAUGUGAAAAUUGUUUGUAGUGAGUUGAGAAAUUAUUUGUUUGGGAGAAUCCCCAAUGUGUGAUACAAUUAGGAAUGAACGUUAAUUGCUGCUUUAUUCAUUCAUGAGAUUUACAAUGAUUGAUUUUUAUUUUUGACGUUUACAUAAACAAGAAUAAAUCAUUUCCUAUUUUUGCA